AUGUCUCAAGUAAUAUUCCCCAAUGCUGACUUCCAAAUGGCUGGAGUGCUGUUCAAACCCAAAAACUUUGACGAGUCUAAAAAGUACCCAGCCUUUGUUGUCGGCCACCCUGGUGGAAGCUGUAAAGACCAGUCUCCAGCGAACUAUGCCACAGCUCUGUGCGAGCACGGCUAUGUGAUUCUCACCUAUGAUGCCGCCCAUCACGGAGAAUCGGGUGGCGAGCCUCGAUGUGUCGAGCGGCCCCUUGACCGCGUGCACGAUUUCGUGGUCGCGCUCGAUUAUCUCUCGACUCUCAAGUACGUCGAUACAGAUCGAUUGGGUAUUUUGGGAAUCUGCGCUUCAGGAUUCUACAGCUUGUCUGCGACUAUGACCGAUCGCCGUGUUAAAGCUCUGGCCACAGUGUCGGCUGCAGAAAUUGGCCCUGCCCUCACACUGACCUGGGACGGCCAGGGAUCAUUGAAAGAGCGUGCUACUGGUACCUUAAGUGCAAUUGCUGAUGCUCGUCGCGCUCAAGCUGUUGGCGGUGACGUUGUGUAUGUUUCUUACUCUCCAGACAGCGCUGAGUCUGCUCCUCACCCUGAGCUUGCAGAGGCCUACGAGUACUACAAGACCCCUCGUGCGCAGCACAAGAACGCACCUGGAACCCUUCGCCUUGACUCGCUUGCUGAGUGCAUCCAAUGGGAUGGUGCCGCCAGAGUCGGCGAGCUCCUGACUGUGCCAACCCUCUUUGUGCGUGGUGAGAAGGCGGCCUCCAGAUGGCAUAUUGAUCAACUCAUCCCCAAGCUUACAAGCAAAUACGAGACUGUGGACAUUCCCGGCGCCAGUCAUUUCGACCUGUACGACAAGCGCGUCGACGAUGCUGCUCCGCACAUUGCAAACUUUUUCAAAAAGUAUCUUUAA